UUACAAGUGGUGACAAGUUGUUGUUACAGAUGUUAUGGUGGUCUGUUGUCGUGUUCGUCGUCACUCGUCAGCCGUAAUGGCUAGAGGAAUCUGAAUGAUCACCAGUGCUGCUUUUUUUAAACCGUAUUUAUUGAUAUUGCACUGCAUUAGCAAUGCAGAGGAUGGAUAUCACUGAAGCAGCUGUUGUACAACCUUAUAAAAAGAAGCCUGAAGACCCUCCCUUUUUAACUGUUGGGACAGAAGUUUCUGCUAAGUACAAGGGUGCAUUUUGUGAAGCCAAAGUUCACAAAGUUGUUAAAGUUGUUAAAGUUAAGGUAACUUUUAAACUUGGGUUGGGAUCAGCUGUUGUGUCCGAUGACCAAGUGAAAGGAGUAUUGAAAAUUGGUGCCCAAGUAAAGGCCAGUCAUCCGGAUAAGAAUCAGUAUGUUGAUGCUAUAGUGAACAAGAUACAAGACUGCAGUCAGUACACAGUGGUUUUUGAUGACGGGGACAUAACAACAUUGAGAAGGACCUCCCUUUGUUUGAAAAGUGGAAGACAUUUUGCAGAAAGUGAAACCUUGGAUCAACUUCCAUUGACACAUCCAGAGCAUUUUGGAACACCUGUUGGGGGAAACAGACGGGGACGAAGGUCAAGACAAAAUCCAGAUGGUGAUGAUUCAGGAGAAGAAGAAGAAGACAAUGUGCACAAAAGACAUCGUUCUAGGAGGGAAGAAUGGGAAGCUGAUAUUGGGAAGGUAGUUUGUGUCGAGUUGGGGGACAAAAAGAAAAUGAAAGAUAACUGGUUCCCUGGCUUGGUGGUUGCUCCUACUGCUCAAGAUUCUGUCAAGAUUGAAACCAAGAAGGACUAUUUAGUUCGAUCAUUUCAAGAUGGAAGAUAUUACACUGUACCCAAGAAAGAAGCUUCUCCAUUUAGCCGUGAGGUUGGGAAUAAGGUUUCACAAAGUGCUCUCAAGACAGCUGUGGAAAAAGCUUUACUUUUUAUGACAAACGAUGAACUCCCUCCACACUGGGACAGAGACUUGUUGUUUGGGAUGGAUGUUUCAGAUGAAGAUUCUGAUAGGGAUGGAUCAGAUUCUGAUAGUUCAGAUGAUGAGCCAAGAGAAGAGAAAGAUCAUUUUGUUGCUCAACUCUAUAAGUUUAUGGAAGAAUGUGGGACACCAAUAAACACUGGACCUACAGUGGGCAAUAAAGACCUAGAUUUAUAUAAACUUUUUAAGGUUGUACAGAAAUUAGGUGGCUUUAAUCGUGUAAUGAACCAAAACACUUGGAAGAAUGUUUCCACUAAGAUGCAGUUGCAAACGCUUGGGUCUCAGGCCCCAAACCACAUCAAAAAUGCUUAUAAAAAGUAUUUGCAAAGUUUUGAGGACUUUUAUAGAAAACUUGGAUGUACAAUGGUUAGCAAUCCUCGAGGAUCUCGCACUCGGCACAGAUCUGGCCGAAGUUUGAUACGCGACUGUGAUCGAACACCCAGAACACUGAAGAAGAAAGAAAAUGACAGUUGUGAUUCAACGGAAGAUGAGACAGAGAAGAAAGAUGAUGAUGAUGAAAAAGAUGCAAAGAAACCAGAAGUGAAGAAAGAAAAGGAAGAAACUAGUAAAAAAGAAGUUAAGAAAGAGGCUGAAAGAAAGGAACCUGAAAAGAAAGAGGCAGAGAAAAAAGAAACAGAGAAGAAAGAAGAGAAGAAAGAACCUGAAAAGAAGAAGGAAAAGGAAGACAAUAAAAGUACUAAGUCAGUUAAGCAAGAAGUAAACAAGUCUCCUGAAAGGGAACCACCCAAAGUUAGGGAACGCUCAUGUGAACCUCUUCUUACCAGGGAAAAGUCACGAGAACCUGCUGUUACUAGAGAGAGGUCACGGGAGCCAGUGGUAGGUAAAGAUAAACCCCGGGAGAAGUCUCGCGAGCCAUCUGCAAGCAAAGAUCGUAAUCGUGAAUCGGCUUCCAGCACAAAAGAGGUCCCUAGUGAGCCUGCAACCCCUAAAGAGAAGCGAGAACCAAGGACACCAAGGUCAGAAGCCAAAACUAGAGCAGCUGUUAAAGUUGAAUCCACUGAAGUAAAGACAAGGUCAAGUGUAAAAAAGAAAAAGCUGAAAAAGCUGAAAAAGCUGAAAAAGCUGAAAAAACUGAAAAAAGCUGAAAAAGCUGAAAAAACUGAAAAAGCUGAAAGAGCUGAAAGUGUAGAAGUUAAGACAAGAUCAAGUGUAAAAGAAGAAAUCAAGAAGGAAGAGGUCAAGAAAGAAGAAAAGGAAACGAGUGAUAUGGAAGAGGAAGAAAUUGAGAUGGCCCAGACUAGAGCAUCAAAGCAAAGGGAAGAAAAGGCAUCUACACCAACUAGAAAAGCCAAGGUUGAGAGGACAGCUUCUGUUAGCAGUUCCUGUACUCCAUCAUCCACACCGUCUGACAACACUGGUAAUGAUGACAAAGCUGAGGAUAUUGAUGUUGUUUCCAUGAGCUCGACUUCUUCAGGUCCACUCCUUUCUUCUGUGAGUGCUCCUUCACCUUCCAACUCAUCAAGUACACCAAGUGACAAAAAAGCAGCUAGUAAUAAGAAUAACAAAAAUAAAUCUAACAAAGUUAGUAUUGUGCCAACAAACCCGCCUGUACCUCUUGAGGAUGUAUCAGUGAGGAAAAGAGGGAGGAAGAAGAAGCAAGAGGGAGAUGUUGAGCACACAGUUGUGUACCCCUACAGGGGCAAAGCGCUCAUACCAGCCCAUGUUCCUGUGAGUGUAGGCGACAAGCUGCGAGUAUUAUAUGGUCCCAAUGCUAAAGAAUCAAAGGUCACCUAUGAAGCUAAGGUGUUACAAGUGGAUGAAGAGGGGAAUGCUCCAAUGUAUUACGUCCAUUAUUUGGGUUGGAAUACACGCUAUGAUGAAUGGGUGGGUAGGCCAAGAAUAGCAGAAAAUACCACAUGGUCCCAGAACAGAGCAAGGAAGGGUCGUGCGGCUGCCACUAAAGAACUUAAAGAAAAAAAAGAGAAGGCCAAAGAAAGAGGAACAAAGAAGGAAGAGAAGGAUAAUGUUACUGCAGCUCCAUCUCCCAAGAGUGGCUUGAAUAAGAGAGGUCGUUCAGGUACUGUUAUCCGGGAACGUAGAGAAAGUGAACGCAGUGAUGUAAGUGGCACUAGCAGUAUAUCUGGCCCAAGUACCCGUGCUACCAAAGACAAAGGUCUUGUACAGCCAGAUAGUCCAUCGUCAGUGGAUAGCAAGCGGACAAGGAGGAGCAUUCAAGAUACCGCAGACAGUGAUAGUGAGGAAUAUGAAUCUGAUGGUGAUACAGGAUCUGAAAAGUCUAGGACACGGGUUAGUGUUGAGAGAAGAACGAAUCCCCCUUCUACAUCUUCUGCUUCAUCUACUCCUACCUCAGAACCAUGCCUUGCUACUGGCACAUAUGUAGAGAAGCCUGUAAAGGAAAUCAAAGCAAAAUCACCACCAGUUGACAUAAAAAAGGAGGAAGAGGAAGGGGAAGAACCUAAACCUUGUGGUAAAGACAUUGAUCUGAAUGCCAUUAUGUCUGAAAUGAAAGGUCUUGAUAAACCUAUCAAGAAAGAAGAGGAUAGGGCAGUCAAAGAAAUGCCACCCAGGAUAAUUGCUGGUCCAGCUUUAGUGAUAAUGCCAUUUGCUAGCCCUGAAAAGAAAUGUGUUGAAACUCCUGUGACUCCUGUGAAAAAGUGUUUGGAAAGUAUUCCAAAGAAGACAGAAUCUCCUAGUAAACCUGUUGCUCAAGAACCUGUCAAGUUGUUAUCCCCAAAGCUUGAGAGUUUGGAAGAUGAUAUAUAUGAAUUUAAAGAACCAGAGCCAUUUGAUAUUGGUGAGAUGCGGGCUAGAAAGGAAACAAGAACAAAGAAUAGUAUUGGUGUAGUUGGAGCUGAAGAACCAGCAGAUGUUGAGAAGUUUAAGAAGAAAGCUCGUACCAGAAAAGAAGGAGAUACUGACAAGAACGAAUCUGAUAGUGAUAAUAGUUUAAGUUCUCAAAAGAAGUUGGCCUUAUCAAGAGAAUCACCUAGUAAACGUUUGCCUUGUGAUUCUAAGGAAUCUGUUAAUGUUGUGGAGGGUACCACAACCCCUGAAAAGAAGGAAAGCCCAGCAGCCUCACCGCCUGUUGUAGCAACUCCUAGCAAAGUUAUUGUGAAAAAGGAAACUCCCGUAAAGUUGGAACCUUCCAUGGGAUCUCUUACUGAUGUCAAAGUAAUUAAGCCAGAAAUGCCAAAAUGUCCUUCCCCAAAACUUGUUCAAGGUGAAAUGCCUAAAUCCCCAUCUCCUCUUAAAGAGCCUGUACGUAUGGCUGGGACCCCUGUCAAGACAAAACCCUUGACAGGUGUAGAUAAAACUGUUGUAACGCCUCACAAACCAGUUGGUGCUUCUUCCCACAUUCUUGCUCAGGCUAUAAUGCCCAUCAUUGAGUCAAAGGCUCUUGCUAAGCCCAUUCCUAAACCUGCAUUUGAACCCAAAUUGGAAAAGGUUCCUCAAGUGAAGGUUGAAGAGAAAGUGGAACCAAAAGUAAUGUCUUUUUCACAAAGACAGCAACAGAUAUUUCCUCAUCUUUUAAAUAGGCCUGAGACCACAGAAAAAGUGAAAGAACGCAUCAUAGCAUCACCUAUGCAGUCGCCAUCAAGAGAAACCUCUAUUCAAGAUAGUUCUGUGUCAAACAUCAGUGGUUCAGAUGUAGAUAGAAUAAAGAGAGAGAGUUCUGUUGAGGAGAGUAUUGAAGCUGUGAUAAAACGAGCCAGGCAGGAUCAAACUGAGAAACUUGAAGAAAGUGAUAAAUCUGAAACAAAACCAAGCCCUGACAAAAGAAGGCGAACGUCUAGUCGUGUCAAAAAGGUCAUAAGUCGUGAGUUUCUGCCUGAUACAUCAGAAGAGUCAGAUUCUGACUGUAGGAAUCCUAGGCUUGAUGCAGAAAGAAGAAUGAGGAGGGGGAAACUAGGUUCAGAUGGUGAAAAACUGUCUCCUCUGAAGAGGGUAUAUAAACCUAUGAGUGAAACUGAGAAGAAAAAAGAAAAGAGAGAUGAUGAUGAUAUGGAUGAUGAAGACGCAGAUGAGGAUGAUGAUGAGGAGAGAGGGCCUGUGAUGAGAGUCAUUGGAAAGUGUGGAGUUUUCAAAAAGGAUGAGAACAAGAUGAGUAAUAAUGAGAAGGAAGAGGAAGAAGAUGAAGAAGAGGUUGAAUCUCAGCUCAGUAGGAAGAAACCCAGAGCAUCUGCCUCUGCCACUCCUAAAAGGUUAGAGGAAGAGGAAACCGAAACAGGUCUGGGUGAUCUGUUGUGUGAGGAAACCAUUCCCCCUGGAAGUCCAAUGACUCAUGAUCCCAUUUCCACUGAUACUGAUGCUCCACAGCGGCAGGAAAUUAAAAAUGAAAUGCCCUUUGCCAGUGUCCCAACUGGAAGUAGUUUUGGUAAAAGAGGUCCUGUUCCCGCUCCUCAACAACACUCAUCAUCUCAGUCUCAGCUCCCAGUGUCUCAGCAGCAGCAGCAGCAGCAGCAGCAAACUCCCCCUCCUCCUCCACCUCCACCUUCCUCUGUUCAUGUAAAACCAACUCUCAAGCAGCCACCACCAGCAAAACCCCAACAGAUCUUAGUGCCUCAGUCUCCAACAUCAUCUCAAAAAUUAGAGCCACUCCAUGCAAAGCAGCAACAACAAAUGCAACAGCAAAAGCAUCAUGUACAACCUCAACACAUGCAAAUUCAGCAGCAGCAGCAGCAGCCGCCUCAGAUUCGGCAGAAUCCUCAGCAACCACCUCAACAGUCCUUACACCAAAGACAACCGCAGCCACAACAGGCACCUCAGAUGCAGCAUCAGCAGUCACAUCAUCACAUCCAGCUGCAGCAGCAGCAGCAGCAGUCCCAGCAACAACAACAACAACAUUUACAACCAAUGCAGCAACAAGGGAAGCCACAACCACAAACAGACCAUUUAUUACCUCAUCAGCAUACGUUGAAACUUCACCCCCAUCCUCACCACCAAGAACACACUCAAGAUCAUCCAAAUCAGCAGCAUCAAUCACCAAUGGACUAUCAGCAUCAGAUUUCUUCCAGGCACAACCAGAGUGUGAGCAAUGCUAUUCACAGUCCUAACCUGGAUGUUGUAGCUGCAGUUGCUGCUGCAGCAGCAAGUUCACGAAGUGGUUGUAGUACGUCUUCGUCGGUUCUUUCAGCGACAGCACCGUCAACAUCUGCUGCAGAGUGUGGCAGCAUGGCUGCCAGUAGAAAUAUCAGGCCUUCACAGAAUACAGUUUUAGACAACACCCCUCCAACAACUCCUGAGAGUAUUAUCUCCAAUUUAUCAGAUUCUCCAAGAGGAGGGGACGAUGGUCCAAAAAUGGACGAGUCGAGUAAAUCUGGACGCGAUUCUUCAGAGGUAGAGUUAGACAGCCUAGCAGAUAACAGCAAAAUGGACCAGUUCUCUGAAGAUUCCAAUACAAUGGACAGUACCCUGGGUAGUGAUUCAAGACAUCAUAGCAUGAGAGGUGCUCCAAUGAAAAGGCAGCAUGAUGACAAUGUAGAGCAUGAUGAAGUUUCAGAAACUGAGGAGAGCAAUAACUCAUCAGCUACUUCAAAGCGAAGGCGGUGUAGAGGUCCUCGAGUUCGUGCUGGCAAUGAAGGGGAGGAUGAUGACAGUAGGAAAAUGAGUAAUCAAGGUGUCUGUCCAGGGAGAAGACGGCGUAGACACUCUUCUUCACGUGGAGGUCAGAACUUUGGUCUCCCAGUAGAUGAUGAUCCAGAAACAAGUGGCCUAUCAGCCUUAUCUCUGGCAUGCAGUGCAGCUCGUCGUUCAAGAUAUAAUUUUUGUCAGGAAUUAGACCCUGAUCUUGAUGCUUCAAAGAGAAUUGCAGUGCUGCAGUCCAGAAUUCAGGAAUUGAAAAGAACUUACAUGCAAGUUAAAACAGAACUGGCAUCUGUGGAACGCAGAAGGAAGAAGCUACGCCGAAAGGAACGUGAAAAUUAUGUUGGCGGGAUGUUUAUUGAGUAAAAAAAUGAUAAGAUGCAAAAAGUGAACCAACCUAAGAGGGCCUGACUAUGGGUCGUGCUAUGUACUCCAGUGAGCUGUGAUUUUCUCGGUGUUCUGUACAGUGAAUGCUCAUUUUAUACUAAGUCUAGAUCUCAUAUUAUACUUCAUAUUGUUGAAGGCUUGUACACAAAUAUCAUGUAAAAAAACUAAAAUAAAUUUUAUUGAGUCACUCAUUAUAAUGAGGUUAUUAUGUACUGUUUACAUAUUGUAUUGUUUUAUAGAAUUUAUGUGCAUAAGGUUUUUCCUAAGAGGAAGUCUUGUCAACAUUAGGAUUGUGCCUUGUUAAUUGUUCCUUGGUUCUCUAGAUUAUUAUUAUAAGGACCAAGACUCCAAAGGCAACUUUUAACCUCUGCAGGUGUAAAUAUUUAACAUUUAUUAGCUGGGAGAAGAAAGUCUGUUUUGAUUUGUGAAAAAGCAAGUAUUAAGGCUUCCUUCAUCUUUGGAUCAAAGAUGAUGGUGUCUACAACUCAAGUUGACAUUAAUAUUCAGUAGGUUUUGAUAUUUGUUUUUAGAUCAUGUACAAUAUGACUAUAAAUUGUAUAUAGAAACUAAAACAAAAAAGCAAAAAAAAAAUUAUGGUAAUUUUUUAUUGUUAUCUUUUAUAGUGUUAGAGUAUGAGAAUAACUUUUUUAUAUCAAAGGAGUUAAUUGAAUGCCUUCAUAUGUUUUUAUUGUAAUUAUUAAUAUAUAAUUGUAUGAAUGGUAAGGUUGAAUGAUAUUUCUUUAAAUUGUAAAUUAUUUAUGGAAAUUGUAAUAUUUUUUAUACAAGACAUUUUUUUUACUGAAUCUUCCUUAUUGACUAAUGAACAGUUUAUCUCCUGUGAAGUACAAGAAGUAUCUGUAAAUAGACAUAAACCCAGCAAA